GGUCCCCAGGUAUGUCAGCGGUAAGUUUACGGACUUACACCGCUCAAAUCUGGUUUCGAUUUUCUGCGGCUGACAGAGUGCAGUUAGCCUAAUAUGUGGCUUUGCAUUAAGAAAACAACAGUAUGGAAGGUUAGUUUUCUUAGUGAUUGAUUAGAGGUGAUGGCACUAUAAGAUGCAUGCACAAAUGUGGAGAAAAUGAAAGAUGGGCUCAUGUGACAUUCAUAUCUCUUGGCCGCUUUGUUUCUAAUUACAUUUUCAGAUGGAGAAAUUUCAGUAGCUGAUAGGAGACGCCUGUAUUUAAAAUCAACAAAGGAAGAUUCCCUGAAGUAUAGUUUUUACGGAUCUAUGAAUUACCAGCUUCACGAGGCCAAUCAAGAAGCCACCGGAUUGGUCGAUUUUAUCUUCAGAGCUUUGGGAAUUAUUGGUUCAUCGGGAAUUCAGUACCUUCAAGAUUGCCCAAAACAACCCAACAUACCAGUGUAUCUUCUAGUAGGUGGCGCUUUCGGACUGAUCAAGGUAAUCUCGAUGGGUUGGCGGCAAACAAGAAAGCGCAACUAUGAACAGACGAUAGAAGCGCUAGCUGACGGAAACGAAGACGAGGUUUUGGCGAACACCUCCUCAAACAUAACUGACUACGCUCUAAGUGUUUUUUUAUUAGUUUGGUUUAUUUUGGGAAACUAUUGGGUGCUCGUAAUUUACAAGCCUCGCUAUGAUCCUCUGCUUCAUGAUCCAAAUAAUUGGUGUGCGAAAACCGUUUAUUUAUUUUCCGUUAUUCAUUUGUAUAUUUGCUACGGAGUGAUGGCGCUGGUGGUCGUUUUACUGUCAUUUAUAGUUCUGUGUAUACGUUCCUGUGGUGUAUAUGCUCAAAACGUUUGACAGCAAAACGCUUUCGUUACAAGUAUACCGAUUCAAUUGUUUGUAUACCUAUUAACUUAAUGUCAACAACAAUGAUAAAAAUUGUGAACUAAAUGUUUGCUUAAGUUGUAUCGCACACACACACACAUAAACAAAAAAGUAUAUCUUUGCUAUUUUCCGGUAUAAUUAUAAAACCUUUUAAAGAUGUUUGGUUACUGUGUACAUGUUAAGGAUAAUAAAAAGCCACAAUUGGCUGCGAUGAAACCUA